CCCUGCGCCGUGCUGAGCUGGAAAAUGGCUGUGUAGGGGAGCAGGGAGUCAUGAUCGGGAAAAGAAAGAAAGAGCGAGAGAAAGACGGCGAAGCGAGAAGUGAACACAAGGUCUGCUAGAAAGUUCAUUGCACACCGAGGAGCUGUCGUCCGCACAUACGCCACCGACACGGACCCUUGUCUGCUACUUUCAAGUGUUUAAAGCGCCGCAGCCAGAAAAGUGAGAGGAGUCAAGAAAUACCCGCGGGUCGGUCAUAAUCCCUGUCCAGAACAUGUGGGAGCCUGAGAGAACCGAAGAGGAUUAAAGACCUUCCCACUCUGCCACUCGUCCUCCAAUCAGACCACUUCAUUUGACCGCGGAGAGCCAAUGUUGCAGGGCCCUCGACUGGCAAAAUCUUUUACCAGGCUGCUCCAGUUGCACCCAGCCAGCAGGUUAUUCGCUGCUUAAAGAGCAUGUUGCCAAUGCUCUCCCUCUGCUCCAUCAUCUGGCUCAACCGGGGUAUCAAACUGAGGAAAGUACACCAGUCCACCAACACCGGUCAGGUCUGAAACCGCUGCCUCCGCAGACAUAGCAGCAGCAGAACGCUACCUUAUCGAUUUUUAAAAAUGCUUCUAAGCUUUGGGUGACUCCCCCUCCUCCCCUCAUCCCCCGACCCUCUAAACCACCAACACCAGAGUUUAGUGACUUUUGGUUGCUGAGGAGGAUUUCUCUGUAGCCAAACCCUGUUGUUGCAGUGUGACUCAGGCUGCACCAUCUAAUCCCCUUUUCGGUGGCCAUUUUGUUUUUUGCCUCCCUAACAAAAUGGCGACAGAAGGUUUUCAGUACCUUGCCCUCUACGCAUUUACCAAGGACCAGGAAGAAGACCUGGAUCUGCAGCCAGGGGACCUUCUGACAGUCAGCAAGGCCUCUCUGCUGUCCAUGGAGAACUACUCGGAGGGCUGUGUGGAGCAGCCCGAGCACCUCGGCUGGCUCCUCGGGUACAACGAGCGCACCAAACAAAGAGGCGAUUUCCCAGGGACGUAUGUUGAGUAUGUGGGCCCCGUGAAGAUGGCGCUCCCAUCGAGUCAACCCAGGUCCCAGCGACCUCUCCCUGCUGCUCCAAGAUCAGAGUUGUCUCAAGCUGUUUCUGUGCCGGACCUGAGCGAGCAGUUCACACCACCAGAGACGGCUCCCCCAGCCCUCGUCAGCCUGAUCCAAGCCAUAGAGAAGAGAGGUCUGGACUGCAAGAUAUUGUACAGGUCAACUGUUUCCUCAGGUUCAGACAGCCCAGUGUACAGCCUGAGCUCUGAGAGUGAGAUGUGUCAGAAAGAUGUGGGGUACCUGUCCGAGUGUGUCCUAAACUACCUGAGAGACCUCCCGUCACCCCUCGUCCCCACCUGUGUGUACGCUCACCUUCAGACCGCUGUCACACUGCAGCAGCAGCUCCUGCAGCAGUCAGCAGAUGGUGCAGUCGCUGGAAGCCAUGACAGAGAGGUAAGCCUGGUCCUCGAGAGCUCCACCUCCGUCCCUCUCCAUCACCGCCUCACCCUGCAGUACCUCCUCACACACCUGGCCAAGGUCACCCAGGCACAGACCAGCAAUGGCCUGGAUACACACACGCUGGGGAAGAUCUUCGGACCGCUGCUGAUACGGACAGGCCCCUCCACCCCAUGGUUGUCAGUGGAUGAAGACUUCCCUGCCCUUGUCGUGGAGAGGCUGCUGAUAGAGAGAACUGCGGAGCAAGACCUGACUCCUCCAGUUCUUCCAGCAAAGCCUGUCAAGACAAAACUGGCUCCGUCAGCCAUGACAGACACCUGCAGCCUGCUGAACGAUGCUGAGUGGUACUGGGGAGAAAUCUCCAGAGAGGAGGUGAAUGAAAAGCUGCGAGACACUCCAGACGGCACCUUCCUGGUCCGAGAUGCCUCGAGUAAACUGGAAGGCGAAUACACUCUCACCCUCAGGAAAGGAGGGAACAACAAGCUGAUAAAGAUUUACCACAGAGACGGGAGGUACGGCUUCUCUGAGCCUCUUACCUUCCUGUCUGUGGUGGAGCUCAUCAAUCACUACCGCCAUGAGUCCCUGGCCCAAUACAACGCCAAACUGGACACCAAGCUUCUGUACCCUGUCUCCAAAUACCAACAGCUGGUGAAGGAAAACAGCAUAGAGGAGGUGGGAGAGCAGCUGAAGGUCUAUCACGAGCAGUACCAGGAGAAGAGCCGCGAGUACGACUCUCUGUACGAAGAAUACACACGCACCUCACAGGAGCUGCAGAUGAAGCGCACAGCCAUUGAGGCCUUCAAUGAGACCAUCAAGAUCUUCGAGGAGCAGUGCGAGACGCAGGAGCGCUACAGCAGAGAGUCUCUGGAGCGGUUCCAACGCGAAGGCAAUGAAAAAGAGAUUCAAAAGAUCCAGAGCAACUCGGAGCGUUUGAAGUCUCGUGUGAAGGAGAUCCACGACAGCAAGCGUAAGCUGGAGCAGGACUUGAGACAGCAGGUCUCCGAUAACAGAGAGAUCGACAAGAAGAUGAACAGCCUCAAGCCAGAUCUCAUGCAGCUCCGCAAAAUCAGAGACCAGUACCUAAUAUGGUUGACACAGAAGGGGACAAGGCAGAAGAAGAUCAAUGAAUGGCUGGGCAUAAAGAAUGAUGCUGAUGACUCCUACUCACUGGAGGAGGACGAGGGUUCACCCCACCAUGAUGAGUGUACCUGGUACGUGGGCGACAUCAAACGCACCCAGGCUGAGGAAAUGCUGAGAGGCAAAUGUGACGGGACCUUCCUCAUCCGAGACAGCCAAUCGCAGAAGGGCUCCUACGCCUGUUCUGUAGUUGUGGAGGGCGACACCAAGCACUGCGUCAUCUACAAGACAGCCACAGGUUACGGAUUCGCCGAGCCCUACAAUCUGUACUCGUCCCUCAAAGACCUGGUGCUCCACUACAAAAACGUCUCCUUGGUCCAACACAAUGACCAGCUGAAUGUAAAUCUUGCCUACCCAGUCCUGGCCCGCUCUCAGAACCAGAACCAGCACCCCAGAUGAAUUAUCCACCAGCAGUGUAGGACGCCAAACAGGGUGGGGAAGCAACAUUUUCACUCAUAUGCAUUGGGAAAAAAAUAACCCUCAGAACAAUGCUUGUUCUUUUAAGUGGCGAAGAGAAAGAGACUCAACAGCCAUGACUUAAAAUUCAUAUUUUCUGACUGGAGGCUGGUGCUAAUUUCCAGCACUGCCCCCAGUCCGGCAAAGAGCACUCCUUGCUAACAGCAUGGCUUCGAAAUAAGCACACUACUACCAGUAUGGACGCACUGUACAGUUAGCCUGGCUGACGCAGUGAGUUUUAACUUGAGGAGAGUGUCGCAUUAGCCAGCCUCGACUGUACAGUGUCAGUAAUGGAGAAAAAAAAAAGAAAAUACCUUUGAUGCAGAGAUAAAAAUCCAGACUAGAUGUGUUCAAAGAAGACAAAAUAAGCACACACAAUGAUUUCAAGAUCGUCGAGAAGAGGAGAGAAACCAGACGGUGGGAUGAUGGGAAAAUUUACAGGAGGCACUUUUGUUUUUUUUUGCCUUGAACACGUGAUAACUGUCCAUAGACAAAGGCCCGAUCUGUCAUCCCCAGACUGCCUGCAAACUCUCCGUAGACAAAAGCCUGAGCUGUCAUCCACUGAAAGGACUGGCUUGGCUGAACCAGGCUGCUCGCUUCACACCUACAGGCGGCUGAGUCACUGGAGCCGAGGGGGGUGUGGGAGGGCAUGGGGGGAGAAAUCGCUGGGGGUGGUGUUUUUACGGGGUUUUAAAAAGAAAAAAGAUUGAUUCAGUUUAAAGCUUGCUUAAGUGCCAUAGUAAUAGCUUUGAAUGACCACAAGCCUGUGUCACUAGAACAAGGGGGCACGUCGAGGUUGAAAGAAGGAGGGAGGGAAUGGAUGGCUAUCGACAUAGACGAAGCUACAGCUUUAAAAAAAAAAAAUACACACAUAUAGGUAUAUUUUUUAUGACAUGAUCUUUAUUUCCAACCGCUUUGGCUUGUUGCUCUCUCUCAGUGGGCCUCCUUUUUGAAAUGACGAGGUACAACAUACAGUGAAUGCUGUAUUGCAGGAUAGAAAUGCAUGGUACAUAUUUGGUAUAUUGUGAGUAUAAAAUUUUAAUCACAAUACACUAGAUGGUGAUGAUUAAUGCAGUUCCACAUGAUUCAGGUUUCCUUCAAAACGGAAAUUGUGGAAAGACUCCAGCAUCAAACGUCUUUGUUUCAAACUUCUUCCUUCUUUUUUCAUCCUCUUUGAUACUGUAGCACCUGUAGCCAUUGACUUAAGGCAUAACUGUUAGUGCUCCUCUUAUGUGUCUUGUUUCUAUAUGCUAAAGACACUCGCAGAGCAUCAAUCUAUGUGAUUAUUGUAUCUUCGGUACUGUAUUUGCCUUGUCUCUAGUUAGAUUAGAGUGUUUUAGCGGUACAAUGUCCUUGCAGAUGUUUAUUGUUGUUUUUUUGAUGCAGAUUUUACUCAUGGUACUUCCUUGCCCCGCCCCCUCGCGCUUGACUGUUCAUUUCAUCACAAGCUUGACUCACAGAGCUGUAGAACAUUUGAUGUACAAAAAAAAAGAAAAGAAAGCAGUAAUAUAACUCAUGUACAGUAUAUUUCAGACACACAUGCAGUCGGUGUAUGUGACUUUUACACAGUUUCAUCGCUGUGUUUCUUUAUGUUUUCAGAAUAUUUGCUAUGCUCAUAGAUUCUGUUUAAGGAUGCACAGUAUCCAGCUAAUGUGAGCCAAAUGAAGGAUGUCUUUUCAUGUAGCAAGAAAGAAAAAAGAACCAGUCCUUUUUGCCAUUUGGCAUGGCGUCUGUGGUCUGAGAGAUUAUCUAGUACAGUGUGCAUGGAGUCCUUCAUUUGGGUUGUUGUUUUUCCUUUUCCACUUGGCACCAGUGGUUGAUAAUUGUACUUAUCGUAGUGCAAAUACGGUAUGAUGUGUGGUAGUACUAUGCACAACAUAUAUGUGGGUAAUACUAAGUUCUCAGAUCAGUUCCCUCCCUCCGUUCUGUGCUGUGGCAGUGGAUUUCCCCCCUUUCCCUCAUGUUCAUUUGGCUUGAGGUUAAAGAUUGUACGAUCAUUGUUCUAUGUCACUUUCAAAGCACAGUUAAUUCAUGUAGAAGCAGGGUUAUACAGUUGUUGUCGUGUGGUCGAUGAAAAUGAAAAGAGGCGUCGCGCAAUGCCGCUUUUAAGAUUUGAUUUACGUGGUUGAUUUCUUGAGAAUGAAUGAAUAAUCUCUCACAUUUCUGACAUGUCGUAGACUCAGAUUGCCAAAAAGAGAAAAAGUAUUUUUGUAGAAAGGUAUAGAAGAGGCAAAUGCUGUUGGCAAUAGAACGUUUUAGGGAAAAAAAAGUGCACUGUUAAUAAGGGUUGCACAUUUGGCAUUUUGGAUUUACUUUUAGGGAUGCACCGAUUGUGAAAUUUUAGGCUGAAACCGAUGUUUAAAAAAACGAUUUAGCUGAUAGACGAUUUUAUUUUCCAAAGAAUCAUCAUUAAAAAAACAAAAAAUCUGAACUCUUUUAAAGUCAUUCAGUCUUUCAUAACACUACUUUUGAGUGAGCACAAAUUCAAUCAUACCGUUUUAUGAAACAACCUUUAAAAUAACCUUUUCUCACAUGAAAAACAUCCUUAAAAAUGCUUUAAAAGCCUUUUUACUGUAUAUAAUACAUCUUAAUUUCCUCUCUAGUAUGUAUUUUAUAUUGCUGUUAAAACAUAAACAAAUUUCUUCUUCAGACUACAGUUUGUAUUCAAGUUUUUACAUUUGAAAACAUCAUCUUAACACUUUAAAUUACCUUCACCCAAUACUAAUUUAUACAGAAUAGAGCUUGAGCGCAUCAUAAUGUAGCUCUGUUAGCAGUUAGUUCUGGCCACCAGCUGCUAACCGCGUUAACUAGCUCUCCUCCUGCCGAUCUCAACACGUAUUUGUUGUUCACAGUGUAGCAUUAUCAGGAAAAUAAUAAAUAGUGUGCAUCCCCUGACACAGCGAUAGUAAGUUUUCUAUUGUCCCUGGGACGACGGGACGCCAUUACCUGAAGUUUGUCAGAUAAAUCGGUGCAUCCCUAUUUAUGUUUAUUUUUGUUUAGGAGGUAGAGAAAUCAAAGUGAGAUAUUCACCCACUCUUCUGGUCAUCAAAGUCAGUUAUGUACGUUUCAUGUGAAGACCUAAGCUUCCAACAAACACAGUACUUCUCAGCACGGUACCAUUUCUGUUUCUGAAAUGUUGAUUCACAAACUUCAGGUAGCAGCAUUUUUCCAAACAGACCAAUCACACUUUCAAACAAAACCUAACUCAACCUGAAAAGUUCGAAAAACCAAGACGUCAUUUUGAUUUCAGUCAGGACGAAUCAAUUGUACUGUACUUUGCACAGUUCUUGGCAAGUCGUUAAAAACCCCAAGAAUUAAAGUAGAGGCGACGGCGGUGCUUCUGAUUAGAGGGCUAUAAACACGUGUGAGCGAGAAAGAUUAGAAGUGCCUUUAGUCAUUGUGAUGAGCUCGUCUUCUCCUCGUUGUCAUUGGAGCGUCGCUCUACAAGAUGGUGCCACCACCACCAUAUGCUGUGCCCCGUGGUUCACACAUUUGCCAUUUAUCAAAGACUAAAGGGUAUCUGGCAAAUGAGCAUAGUUGUCGUGUGUGUGUCUGUGUGUGUGUCUGUGUGUGUGUGUGUGUGUGUCUGUGUGUUAGAGCAAAUCUGAGCAUGUUAUAGAUUUUAGUUGUGCCUCUUCGUUGUUACAUCUAUAGUUGUUACAUAUUCCUUCUUUCUGUGGUGGGGGCUGUACAGUAGCUUGGUGCUCUCUCUCACUGUGCACCGAAGCUAGAUUUCUUUGGUGUGUUUUUUUUUUAAUUUGUCUGGUAUAUUUUUGAAUAAAUCUCAGAUAAGAUAGAAAUGUGAACCGUACACAUCCGUGGCCCAGCCCAGUUGUUUGAAGCUCAUUUGAUAAGCUCUCAAGUUAAUGCAUGCAGCAUUUCUCAGUGUUUUAUAUUAAGAGUCAGUUCCUCUGCGAACAGGCAAUCUGGUUGAGUCAUCCGCCACUGUUGACGCAUCCAUUAUCCAGUUUGUUGGACCAACACUUUUGUGACUGCACUUUUUUUUUCUGUUCCACACACUCAAAUCCAGUGUGUCUAACGCCCAACAACCAUAAACUCACAGACAGUGGUGAAGCUCAGUUGUCAAUAGUGUUUUUAGUUGAUAGUUCUAAGGUCUUUCCACACAGUAUAUCGGGAGUGAUUGACAGUUUUCUUUAUGAUAUCGGAGUAUACAGUGUACAGUAUAUGCUUUUGUUGUUUUUUGCGGUCAACAACUGUCAUGUAAUUCUGAUGCUUUUUGACUGAUUGCAAUGUUUUCAUUAUAGAGUUAGUUUUACUAUAUGGACUGUAUAAACUCUGUAAUACUUUUCAAACCAACUUUAAGGAGAGCUGCUGGCUCAUUAUGCAAUUUGUGUUCACACAGCAAAACUGUCCAACUUAACAAGACGAAAAACAGUGAUUUUUUCCUCAAGGGUCAGUUCACCCAAACUACAGAGGACAUUUUUUCACUUGUUACUAGUGAUAUCUAAACAUGCAGAUAGUUCAGAUAUCAGUCUUUUUACUUUUCAUUUGAACUACUUUCUCUUGAAGAAAUAGUCACUCAGAAAGAAAGUGAAACUAAAUGCAUGGCUAGAUACUGGUACAGUCAGUGAAAACUUUGUCUGGGGUUUCUUUGGGGGGAUUUUUGGUAAACCAACCAUAUACAAACAUGUCUGCGAAUGUAAUGCCAGUGGGUUGCAGUUUAUCCCACAUUUCAGCUUGUUUCAACGAAGUUCAUGAACUAACUGGUUCUGCUUCCACUUAAAGGGAUAGUUCUGCUUUUUUGUGGUGGGGUUGUAUGAGGUACUUGCCCAUAGUAAGUGUAAUAUCUGCAGUAGAUGGCGGUCAACACGUCUGAACAACACGUUUUGAAGAAGCAGGCAGGGGUACUCAUGUGAAUGCUGCUGUGGACGGGGGCACCACCUAAAAAAAAAUCAAUAUCAGUUUAAGUGUACGCUACCUUUAGAAUAUUUUUACCCCUUUACAUUGGAAAUUGAAGCCGUUAGCUGUGCGCUUUUUGUAGCCACCAGACACCUUUGACAAAAACAGUAAUUUUACCUCGCAGAACACAGGAGUUGCUGGUCUACCGCUGCUCCGAUAAGUUAGUUUGUUUGAGUUAUAGUGUGACUUUAGUGUUUUAACGGGUUAGUUUAGAUUCAUCAGAGUCACACAAUAACACAGACUAACUAAUCAUACGAGGCAGCUGUAGACCAGCAGCUCCUGUGUUCUGUGAGGUAAAAUUACUGUUUCUGUCAAAGGAGUCUGGUGGCUACAAAGAGAGCACUGAUAAAUAUAACAGCUUCAGUUCCCUGUCGGAAAGGGCGCCAAGGUAAAGCAGUGAAUAUAUUCAAAAUAUAGCGAACACCAGGGGUCUUAAACAUUUUUUAGGCGUCCAAGGACCCCUUAGCUGAAAGAAAGACAAAACAGGGACCCCUACUACAUAUAUUGCAAACUUGAGUUGCAUAUUAAACUGGGGCUACAAUAACGUGUAGUCGGGUCUUAAGUGCCAUAUAUAAACACACCCCUUUAUGGUACAUACAAUACUAACCUAUUAAAUUAUCAAUUACCAGCAGAUUCAUAUAUGUAUAUAUCAUUUUUGUUUCUGAGGUGGACGGUAUCUCAUCAAAAAGUCUCUUCAGAAAGUUAAAAAAGUUACAGAAUAAUCCAUUGUGGGUCACAAGAAUGUCCAUACACUGGCCAGUAUGUUUCAGUAGUACAAAACUGUUUGCUAACUAGUUAGCCACACAGUGAUUUAGUGUUUGCUAGCCAACAUUAUUGCACAAGGAUUCAUAGGUAACAGUUGGCCAAUCAUCAAUGUGGUGUGUUUAGUUAAAAUUGUUUUUCUUAAGGAAUAGGCCAAUUUAUCGUUGCUAAUAAUAUGUUGGUUUUAUAUUAAUGUGUAUUUUCAGACAUUUUCAUUUUUGAAAAAAACAAAACAAACAAGACUUUGGCGACCCCCCUGGAUAACUCUGAGGACCCCUAGGAGUCACCUGUUGAAAACAAAGGGCAUCACUUAAAUUGAUUUUUGUUUUAGUUGGCUAAAAUACAUUUUGCUGCUGCCCCUGUCCAUAGAAAUACAUUACAUAGCUUUGCUGUCUGUACUCCUGCCUGCUUCACUAAACUGGGGCCAUGCCGACUGACAUCUACUGUAGGUAAUAGACUGACUAUGGAUAACUACCUCAUACAACCCCACUUCAAAAAAUCCCAACUACCCCUUUAAGCAAUUUGCUCAGUGUCUUUAGUUGCUUAAAGAGAAAUAGAAAUAUAGAGCUGAAUAGCUUCCUUCAUCGCUUGUUAAGAUGAACAUUUUUGCAGUGCAGGUAAACACGUUCAUCUGCCAUAUAUGCCAUGUUAAUCACAGAUGUUUAAUAGCUAGAAGCAAUGCAACUUUAGUAGCAAUGAAACCUGUUCAGGCAGUGAGACGGGCAGAAGAUGAAGACUUUAUUGUGCUUUGACUUCGAGUGGAGACGCUAAGCCCAGUUUUUUUGGUCGACGUUACUCUGAAACUCAAAGCUUUCAUCCUGCUCAUAGUAGAUAUGCAUUUGUGUCGGAGCUUCUUGAAAAACAUUUUUCUAUACGACAAAUGAUCAUUCAAGGAAUUAAAUAUUUUUUCAUCGGCUUUGGUACACUGUAAAUGAUAUUUCUUGAAAUGGCCUCACACACAAAGCACAUCUUUCACUGACUACAAAGAAACAUAUAUUUGGUGUCUAUUAAGGUUUGACGAAUGAGAGACAUACUAGAGAAUAAAUAUUUUGAGAUAUAUACUUAGAUAUCUAUAUUUUUGGAUGAUGUAAUUCUGAUUUGGAUUGUGCUUGAAACAAAUCAGAAAAGAGGCUUUGAUGUGAACAUUAUCUUUAGACUUGCUCCGCGGCUGCUUUGUACUCGGGCAGUUAUUGAAACGCAAGCAUUUUUACUAAUCAGCUGCAGUGAGCUUCAUCGUGAUCAGCAACAAACUGUGGUCGCAGUUGAUCAGCAUACAUGUAAUCUAUUAAGCAUGAUUAUCAGGUGCGUUCAGAGGAAGAAGCAAGCUCAUGUACAUGUGUUAAUAUUUACAGAGCUGAGUCUAUAUGUUAAAAGCAGUCUUGGCUGCUUUGCAUUUUAUUAAAUAUUAGAGAGGAGUUUUUUUUUUUUUUCUUGAACGUGAGAAUCUGUUUUGUCAUUUUGGAAGAUUCUGGUUUUUGUGAGUAGACAGAGUGUUAAAAUUGCACCACAAAAGACACACUUACAGUAGGAUGCUGCCACAGAGAUCCACCACUGAUGCUGUAACAACGUGAACCAUCUUACCACUGUAUCGUUCUUUGGUGGAUCUCUGCGGUCGCUGAGAGUAAAAAAAAAAAAAAAAGAGUAAAAAGGUACAUGAUUCAACAGUUCGUGAUCACUCCUUUACGCAGAUCUUUGUACACAAUGAUGGCAUUAGAAAGUGUUCUUUUAUGGUGCCUGAGUAUUUUUUUUAUUUUGGCUUUUUAAAAAAGCUGAUAGAUUUGUCUGUCCAAGUGUUUUUUUGUUUGUUUGUUUAUAUCUGUUAAUGAUAACCUUACAGAGCCUAUAAAGAAAAAAUAAGCUAGCUUGACUUUUUUCCUCCAUACAGAAAAAAAAAAGAAAAUACAAAUGUUUACAAUAUGUAAUUAACCAAAUAGUAAAUAUGCGUUUGAGAAUCAAUCUGUCUGUCCCUCAAAGUGGCUGUGAUAGAUUGAUUUAUAUUUCUUUUAUUUCCUCUGUCGUUUUAAACUUGAAAAUGUUAUGACUGCUUGUUCUGUUUUUGUUUUGUUUUCUGUUUUCGGUUCAUUACUUUUUUCUUUUUUUUUUGGACUUAUGAAAACAGUGCUCCCUCAAUUUCAAAAUAAUAACUCAACAAGAUUCAUGUUGCGUAGUUAUUCAUCAGUCUUUGUCAUUCUUUACCUGCUGACUACUUCACCUUACACUGAGCCUUGUAUAUGCAGGACUGAACUUGAGACGCUGUCGCAUCUUUUUGCUGUUUAUUAUAUGUACAGUAUGGUAGAUUUCAGCAUGACUCUGCCAGGUGUUUCUCUGGGGAGGACUCAGUUCAAAGAAUUUAUAUAUGGGGUGACACCCACACGUUGUGAAUAACAGUAAAAACACUUGGUGAUUAUGCUUGAGUACAGUUUUUGUACGUAAACAGAGUCGGAAAUUCAGGAAUAACUAUCAAGAGGCAUCCUAUUCUUGAUUUUUGCACUACAGAACAAAUGAAAAUGGUUGGUUAACUAAUCUUUAAGACCAAAAUUUACCCACUAUAGUCUCAGCUUGUGUGAUUUCCAUUGAAAACAUGAUGACGUUAACAACUGCACUUUCAUUUCCCUUUUUUUUCUGCCUGUUUCACAUCUCACACCAUCACUUCUCAGUCAGGACUUUGACUCGUAAGGCUGCCAUUUGUUUGAUUAUUCUGAUGUGAAUGUUGUAGUACUUUUCACUGGUGUACAGUAGUUCAUAUUCAAGACCCAACUCUGAACGUUGGAGACAAGAUUAGCAGUGAUACAUCCGGCAACAGCCUGGGAAACAUUGCUGAGCAGCAAACACAUAUUCACAAGUAGAGCUUUGAUUGGGCCCUAAAAAAUCAGGCCUGACCCAAAGGCCACACCCCUUUAAAAAACCCAAAUUUCACUGCAAAAAAAAAUAAUAUUACAACAUUUAUUACUAGCUAAAGUCAACUUAAGUCUUUUCAGUGCAGUAACAGACAUUUGUGACACAAUCUUCACCUACCAAAUGUUUAGCAAAGCCCAUACAUUUUUUUAUUUUUUUUUUUGGGAUUAAAAUAGGGAAAUUGGAUCGAUACAACCUGAUUUAAGCCUGAGGGGAAUUUUUAGAAAUUACAGCCCGGCUAGGCUCGAACCCAGCAGGUCAGUUUGAAAAGAGAAUCGAUGCUCUAAUACCAAGGCUACAUCUUGUCUGCUUUGCUCUCGCAUGUUGCCCAACAAGUUGCCUCAUGUAUCACUGCAGCAACAGAUACACAGUUCUUAAUGUGUAGUUAACAAUGAUGUGGUCUUUCUUUCAAAAACAAUGAAUGGAAGUGAAUGGGGCAGUCAGAUAAAGCUACUCUACACCAAAGUGCAAUUGAACUCAGAGGGAGCACUGUUGUUUCAGCCAGUAGAGGCCUAUUGGUUGAGGUGUGCCCAACCCCUAUGCACGAAAAGAUGGUUAAUAUUCUUCUUCUCUUUUCUCGUGUUAUCCUCCCUCCGUUGGUCCGUCUUAAUUCAGAUGCGACAUUUCUUUCUUUCUCUCUCGUGUACAGCUUGCUUCAGAGUUGUGUUUGUCCUCAGACAGGUACUCUUUCAUCUGUACGGUUCUUUCUUUAGGCUGAUGCAAUGAUUUUAAAAGACAAUAAAAGAUAUAUAAAAUUAA